AGAAGCUGCAGAUAUUGCAGGGAAAAUGAUUGGAGAUCUUCUUGUUACAAAGCAGACUGGUGAAAAGGGGUCAUGCAACAAGGUCUUAGUUUGCGAACGCAAAUUUCCACGACGAGAGUUCUACAUGGCUAUCAUGAUGGAACGUUCUUUUGGUGGUCCUGUGAUAAUAGCAUCUGCCCAGGGUGGCGUCAAUAUUGAAGACGUAGCCGCAGAAAGUCCAGAGGCAAUCAUCAAAGUUCCAAUUGAUAUCGUUGAAGGGAUUACUGAUGCCAAGGCACAAGAGAUUGCAAAAAGCCUUGGUCUGGAGUCACGAAUGGAGGAAACAGUCGACGUCAUCAAAUCUUUGUAUAAUGCAUUCAUCAAUUUUGAUGCAUCUAUGAUAGAAAUCAAUCCUUAUGCUGAGGACACUUACGGAAAAAUGUAUGCACUUGAUGCAAAGAUGCGGUUCGAUGACAAUGCCGAGUUCCGUCAGAAGGAAAUAUUCGACGAGAGAGAUUGGUCUCAAGAAGAUCCCAAAGAAGUGGAGGCUUCUAGGUAUAAUCUCAAUUACAUUGCUCUUGAUGGUAGCAUUGGCUGUUUGGUGAAUGGAGCUGGCUUGGCAAUGGCCACCAUGGACAUCAUCAAGUUGCAUGGAGGUUCACCUGCCAAUUUCUUGGACGUUGGUGGGGGAGCUACGGCAGAGCAAGUGAAGGAAGCCUUCAAGAUCAUCACAGCAGAUCCACAUGUUCAUGCCAUUAUGGUGAACAUCUUCGGUGGUAUUAUGCGAUGCGAUGUUAUUGCCCAGGGUAUUAUUGCUGCUGCAGAAGAGCUCUCCUUAAAGAUCCCCAUUGUAGUGAGAUUACAGGGCACUAAUGUAGAUGAUGCCAAGGCUUUGAUUGCAAUGUCCAACCUGAGAAUUUUACCUUGCGACAAUCUUGAUGAUGCUGCGAAGAUGGUUGUGAAGCUCUCCAAUAUCAUACAGAUGGCCAAGGCUGCUAAUGUUGAUGUGAAAUUUGAACUCCCUGUAUAAUCAGUAGCUGACACUUUUUUUUUUUUUUUUUUUUACAGUUUAUGCUUAGCCAGUUUUGACUUUGCUUUUCCAGGCUGAAAUGACAGUAUAAACCUCCAAAAAUUAAGUUUAAAACUCAAAGAAGGGAAUUACAGUAUUUACUAAGUCCAUUGUAUUAUGCAUUUAGUCUUUUUUUAUUAUUAUGGAGAUGUACCAGUCACACUUUCACAUAAUCCAUUAUAGAAGAUAUACAUAUAGCUUUUUAUUUAAUGUUUGUACAUUUGUAAAUUUUACUUGGCUUUGUUUAUAUGUCUAUUUAUUGUUAAGUGGAGAGUUGCAUAUAGAUGCAGAGGAUGAGGAGUAUGUAGAUAUGUUAGAGGUAAGGCUGAAAGCUACCUAAGAUGAUUAUAUUUCAUUCUAGUGUUAUAACUUGUCCUUUUUGAGUUACAUGUGGCCUGUAAGGAAAGUUAAUAAGAUUAGGAUGACAUAUAUGUAAUUUAUUAUUGGAGCUCCCAAUAAAUAUUGAAGCCAAUGACAAAACGA